CGCGCCUCCCGGACUGUAGCUGCCUGUCAUCGCUUCGGCUGACAUCACACAGAGGAUUUGCCACAAUGUCAAACGUCCACAAGCAGCGCGAGCUCAUGGCUUCCCCGCGCCACUAUGAGACGCAUCACCGCAUCCUACGGCUCGUCCUCUAAAUACAAAACUCCAAUUAAUCUUUCGUGGGUUUAUCCUCUGUUCUCGGACAGGAUGCUUUUGAGCAGGUCAAUGUGAGUGUGUGAGACAGGUCAGAGGUCAUGCUGCGGAGGGACUCCCACAGCCUCUUUACCUCCGGAGAGACAUCUGACAAUGACUGUGAGGUGGGGGCGAGUUGUGAAGAGGUAGAUAUAGUGUGUCUGUGCGAGGCUGGUCCCUGUACACUUUACUCAGAAGCACACACACCUACGCUGGACACGCUGCUGUGUGAGAACUGUGGGAAAAACAGAGUCAUGAUAACCAGGUACUCUGAGGGAUAUGGCACAGAGGAGGAGUGUGUAUUAUCUGACCCUCAGGGAGAGAGUGACGCAGAUGCUGAUAUAGAGGACACAGACUGCAGACUCCACGAGCCCGGUUCCCUCCAGCGAAUCAGCUCACGGAGGCGCAAGCGUCCUCGGGUGGCGCGUCAAGACACCACGGAGAGCGAAGACGAUGGUGGGCGGAGUCACAGAUCCCAUCGCUGGAAUCUCCGGCUCAGUCCUGAGAGAGCACAAAGCAGGACUAUACUGGAGGAGAGUGUAUCACAGGUCAGGCCACUGGUCAUCUGUCGGCCGAAUGUCGAGAAACAGAAGACUCCAGCCGAACUGUCACAAAGCUCUAAACUGAUGUCGCUGUGGCCAUCAUCCCUCUCUCUUCCUUUUACCCUCCUCCUCUUGCUGCCUAUCUCCCUCUCCUUCAUCAUUUUCAUUGUGUCAUUUCUUUUGCCGUGGGCCAGUGCAUGACAUGACAUGACUAAACUGCAAGAAAACCUGACACCCCAAUCAAUAUAGUGGAUAGAAGAGAAUCAUUAUUCUUUUCCAGCAUUACCAGAUAAACUACUGUAAUAAAGUCUUGAUUAAUGUUUUUGUCCAGAAUUCUGGAAAGGGGUUAAUCGUCUUUUUUAUUUCAUAACAAAAAGCACAGGUUGAGGCUUUCAUACCACACCAGUCUGUCUCCUGCCAUGAUGAACACAACUCAAACUCAGUGCUUGAUGCUGGCAUAAAAUCUCACCUUGUCUCACUUUCUCACCCCCUCUUUUUUUAAAAAUAGACCUCUCAUUUCGCUCCAUCUUCUAAUGAGCCACAUAAGUGAUACGUGGAGGAAGAAGUUUCAGGGUUGUGCAAGUACUUUCAGAAAUGGAAAAAAAAAAAAAUAACAGACUUCAAAAAUACAGAAACCAUGUGAAAGACGAUGCUGCUGCACUAUGCAAUUCCUCCGGUCCUACUGUGGCAUCUUGACUGCUGUGUCCCAUGUCCUUGGUGCUGUCAUCACCUUCUUGGCCCCCCUUUCCUUUUCUUCUCUGAGGAAUAUACUUUGUUAAUGCAGGGACUUGUGGCUCUAAAAUAGAGUGUGACCUAAUUUUAAAAGCAAUAGCAGCAGAGAUCAGAUAUAGCUCCUGUCGUGUGUAAUCUACAGGACAUCUGUUAGUUUAAUUAAUGGAUUACAAGGAUUAUUUUACUUGUUGCAUACUGAUUUAAAAACAGGUUCAUCCUUCCUUUUUCUGCCUGGCUCCACUUGUAUCUGUUUAUAGUUGAAUAAGCUGACCUCAACAUAAAAUGAGCUUUAGUGAAACCUACUGUAAUUAUUUUAAAGUGAUUUAAAAACAGUUACACAGUCAUACAGGUGAUCUUAUUUAAGUCUAUUAUUAUUGUUUAAGAAAACUAAGCUUGACAAUCAGUCAUGUUACUUAUUUCAAGCUGAAAUAACUAAUAAGGGCCAUUUUGGCUUCUGUGUAUUGUCUGUUUCAUGUUGUGUUUAUGUUUUUUUUUUUAAGAUUUUGAUCUUAGAAUGAUUAGUUUUGUUUUGCUUGCAGCCUAGCACAGAAAUGUUCAUUAUAAAUUAUAAUCAUGUUGUACUGUAUUAACUUAACAUAUUUGUUUUUAAUACCUUUCCCCCACUGCUUGGUGUAUAAGUGUCUUAAAUCUUAAAAGUUGUUUUUCUCUGUAUGUUCCCCUCUCUGUUUUAUGAGGCAAUAGAAGUUCAAUAAAACUAGAUUGUAUUUUGUCAAAAUAAAAGAGAAAAAUUU